CUGUAACAAAAAUGUAUUGUUAUCAUUAGCAACCUGUAUGUUUUUUUGCUGUCUGCUGCUGCAAUCUGUCUCUGCAUCACAGGAGAGAAUGGAGCAGAGUACAAAAAUAUGCCAGUGGAUUUUAACUGAUUUGGUAUUUGUGCAAGGUGAACUCCCUCUUCUGCGCCUCCUUUCUCCUCCCUGAAUGAGUCAGCCUCUGGUAGAGAAGCCUCCAAGCUGUUAAGACUCUCAGAUGGAGGACGAUCCUGCUCUUCAGUAAACUGAACUGCAUAACAGAGACCACUGGGUGCCGGGUUCUGGACCUUUUCAUUCAUGGUUUGAAGAGUGCACCGUAAAGAAAACACCUCUGAACAAAAUGACAACCUUCACUGUGGGAAAACCGUCCCCUAACAAAAGUGAUACGAAGAAUGCUUCCAUUGCAAUGAAGAGUAGACAGCAAGUUAUUAAUGAGGUCAACAAGAAGAGGACCCUGUUACAAGAUAACAGCUGGAUAAAGAAAAGACCUGAGGAGGAAAACGCUGAUGAAAACUAUGGCAGAGUGGUCCUUAAUCAAUACAAAUCACAAGAUGGUUUACACAGGAGCACAGAUGAAAAGGAUGAUCAAAAAGCUUUGCUUAGCCGAUAUAGAUCUGAUACAGCUUUAGACAGGAUUCCUGGCAACAGUGAUGCUGACAAAGCAAAUAAGCUUCCCACCUUGGAUGGCAAGCCAAGUAGCAGGAAGGAGCUUGAUGCAACUAUCAACACUGGCAACGCCACAUCACCUGUGAAGAAGAAAAGGCAGUCAUGGAUGCCUCCCCCAGUUUCCAGUCAGAAGGUCACCAUAGAUAAUGAACAACACAAAAGGCAUUCCUGGGCCUCACAAAAUACAACUACAGCUGUAGCCACCAAUAACAAACCAGUUUCAACUACUUCAAACAAAGGAGGAGGACCAAAGAUGACUAUCUAUUCAUCGGAACCAAUUACAUCUCCGAGGUCAAAUGCUGCUGUGAGUGAUCCAGCCAGAACUAGGCAGAUAUGCCCAGCAAAACCCAGUGAACCAGAUGCUAACAAAACCAUGACAAAAGAGAGAGCUGGGAGAGGCCAAGAACUGGAUGAUCUCAUUGAUGUCAAAACCAAAGGCAAUAAGAGUAACCAGGGAAGUCAAGAGCUGGACAAUCUCAUCCAAGUCAAAACUAAAAGUGAUAAAGGUGAUAAAGGACACCAAGAUCUUGAUGAUUUCAUCAAAGUGAACCGUACAUCUAAUGGACAUACCAAGGGAGAAAGAGACCUCGAUGACCUCAUCACUGUAAAUAACACUGCACAGAAAAACAAAAGAAGCCAAGAACUAGAUGAUCUCAUUGUAGUAAAAUCAUAUCCUGUGGAUCAAAACAAAAAGUGGGCACCAGAGCAAGACCACGAAUCUGCCAGUAUUCCAGGUGAUCCGUCAGAAAUGAACCAUUUAUACCAGGACACAAGAGGAUCCAGCUGUAUUGCCUCGAGCAGUUACUCAAGUCCAAAGGACACAAUUGUGUACACAAGGACAUAUGAGAAUAGAUUUCCCCAUGAUGCUUAUGAAGACAACAUCCCUGGAAAAUCUAUCAAAACUGUUUACUCUACUUCUGAUAGGGCCGUUAUUGAAAAAGAAAUGUGCACUUACUGCCGGAAGCCCUUGGGCACAGACACAAAGAUGAUUCUUGAUGCCUUGCAGAUUUGCUGUCAUGCAACUUGCUUCAAGUGCGAAAUCUGCAAAGCACCUUUGGAAAACGUGAAGGCGGGAGAUAGCAUUUGGAUUUACAAGAACACGGUGCAUUGUGAACCAUGCUAUUCCACAGUUAAAUCAUCAUGGGCCUACUAAUUUUGACUGAAGACAGUUCAGGUCGAUGGAUCAGCAGCAUGCGUUUAUCUUUGAAAAUCAUAUGCUUUUUUAGGAUAAGUAAAGAACUCCAAGAAUAAUAAAAAAUGGUAGACAUUUGAAGAUGUGAAAAAUGAAACUAUAACACUGCUUCUAGAAAGAAGGAAGCGCAUGAUGGCUUCUGCCUAGAAUUUGUGUGUGUGCAUUAUCAGUAAGAAAACAACAUCUAAGAUUGCAGUCGUGUGUCUGCUUACUUAGGAGCGAGUCUCACUGAGAAUAGUACAACUUAUUUUUCUGAGUAAACAAGCAUAGGAUUGUAGUGAAAGCAUAUCUUGGCUAUUCUUGACUGAGGUUCCACUGGUUCCUGCUCAUUCUGAAACAAUUCACACACCCGUGCUUAUAAGCCAAAUACUUGUGUCUGUGAAUGAGUUGUCAUAGAUCUAAGACAUCUCAGCUUAGUGGUUCCAGUCCAGAUAACGUGAGUUGUGUUUUUUAAGUCCCAUGGGAAUCAAUGGGUCAGAACCAAAAUCAUGAGAGUUACCACAUAAAGGCUUCCUCUACUCCCUUUCAUUAUUUUACUGCUACACUGGAAGUAAUAGCAGCAGCACUAGGUGAGGCAGAAGGUAUAAUAUUGUUUGGUUAUCUGUGUGUGAGUGGCACUCUUUCAAUUAUGUCCAAACCCUGCUGCCAAAGCCAACCAUCUUAUUCGGCCUAAAGGCAACUUGGACAGGUCUGCAUGUUGUCCUCCUGCAGUUCCCAGGCAAUUAAAAGAAAUGUAAAUAAAGCAAUGAUGGAUUGAUCAUGGGACAGAUUGGGGACAUCCACAGAAUUCUACCAUGCAACCACAUCCUCUCCCCAGACACACAGAGGAGGAGACAGUGGUCAUGUCAACACAGUCUGCAGCAUCACAAGCUAGAGCAGGGGUUAGCAAGCUAUUUUCUGUCCAGGGGCACAGUCACUCAGAGGUAAUCUGUGGGGGGAGGUCACAUUCCUGCAGUGAGCAUGGACAGAACCAAUGAUGGGCAGAGAGAGACAAAAAUGCCCUGGGUUAACUAAUCAAGAAUAAAGACUGCUCUGCUUCUGUGGCUGUCUCAGAAUUCCCAAUCCUAUUCCGCUCUACUCAGAAGUAAGCUCCACUGAGUUUGAUGGGGUUACUUUCAAAUGAGUACAGAAUUAUUUUAUUAUUAUUAUUAUUAUUCAACACAGUAAUUGAUACAGCUUCUAUUCUGGAAAGCAAGUGAAAGUAAUUCCUUUUUGACAUGAGUGCACUAUGAACAAACCCAUGGCAGUAGGGGAGGGGAGGUCUUUUCCUUAAGCCAUACAACCAGGACAAACCUUUUUUUAAGGCAUCAAUUUAUUCCUAUCAAAUGAUUUCCCCCUUCCAAUUGUACUGAACCUGCAAUGAAAGGAAUCAGGAGGAAACGUUUUUUUAAAAAAAAAUCAGGGAAAGUAAGAAGGAAACAAACAAACAGGAAGGAAGUCUAAUGGGAUGGCAGAAGGGGUCGAUUUCAGGAAGUGAUGGAGUGCACAAAAUGAGGUUGGGGGUUGUAGGUUGUUCACUGUGGGAUAGAGGUCUUCCAGUAAUCACUGGGCUGAGUAGGCAAUGAAUGAGUUGUGCUUUAGGCAGGACCUCUGCAUGGAGUGAUAUGGCAGGUGAAAUAAAUGCUAACGUGAGCUAAGCAGCAGCAGGGACUGGACACCCUGAUGGAUACAUACAUAUAUUUGGCUUGGAAAGUUUCAGCCUAUCUCCAUUAAAAUCUACUGUGGAUACAAUGAUCCUGCAAACACUCAUCCUCCAGCAUAUGAGAGAGAAAUAUUCUAAGGAUUGGGACUCAACUUGCACUGUGUUUUAAAACUCAUGGAUUUACAAUUGUAUAGAAUUAUAAACAUGAAUUCUUUUCUCUCUCUACCUCGCUUUCUUUAAUCUUAGUGCAUGCAAGCAGCUUCACUAGUGAUAACAGUAGAGAAAGUUCACUGUUAUGUAGAAAUUAUUAAAAUUAAAGAUAUAAAAGAUUUAAAAAAAUAAGAUCCUGGUUGAAUCCAGACAUUCUGAGAUAAACCAUGGUUGUGAUUAGAACGAAGGUGACUGUAUGCUCUUGCUUCCAUUUUUUAUUACGUGCGGCUUGUUUCAUGUGAACCAGACAGAUUGCCAUGGACCCUAACUAUUGUUUGUUUGAAACAAGCCAAAUAAAUAGCAUGGGCUAUGGAACUGGCUUUCCUUCACAGGCCAUAGUUAAAAUUAACCAAAGUUUAGGGUUUGGACACAGAACGCUAAACUGUGGUGGUUCCAAAAAUGGAAGUAAAGUUAUCCAGUUUCUCCAUGAUUGUGGAAGUGUGUGAGCUUGAGGUUUAUUGCGAUGCAGCCAUUAAAAUUACAAUUUAGUGCAUAGUAAAGCCUGUUAGUUCACAUACAAUCCUAACAAUAAUCCACAUAGAAUAGUGUUUCAGUGACAUUGGAAAAAGAAGUGGUUGUACAGUUAUUUUAUUUGUUGCUUGUCUCUCAUACCAAUGUUGUUUGAAAUUGAUUUCUCCCCCCCCCCCCCCGAAUCUUUCCAAUAAAGAUUACUAAAGAUCAAGUGUGACUAGGGAAUAAUAUAUUUUUCAAAGGAAGCACCGAAUUUCAAAGUAUGUACAUAACAGACUGCUCUGGGGAGAUUUCUCAGCAGUGGGAGGGA